GGGGUCCCGUGUUUUUUCUUCUAAGGAGGGGGGUGUAAUCGUGUUAUUUUGUCCCGCUUUGGUUCUCAUUUUUCUGGACUUUCUUUACUUCUCAGACUUGAAGACAUUUUUCUGUUUCAGAGCUCUGAUCCACUUUUCCUGUCAGAAGAAAAUCCAAAGUGUUUCCGUUAUAGAUGCGUCACUGCCCACCCCCCACCCCCACACGUGUGCGAAGCGCGACUCCGAAUCAGGGACACUGCAGCGAAUGUGACCCGCUUCAGGAUGCAGUGAGGAAGAGGAGAAGAAGGGGGCAUGUCGUGAUCACGGGGACAGAGUCGGUCCCGCUGCGUUUUCCGGUUCGGUUGCACGCAGAGCAGAGCCGCCGCUCCCGCCGCCGCAGGAUGAAGGUGCAGAGGCAGCUGCCCUCAGAGGAUUGAUGGAGUUUGGAUCAGCACCUGUGGAACAAUGUCGACCAUGAUCUACCUGAUCUACCUGACUGCAGUCAGCACCUUGUCGCUGCCCGUGCUGCUGUUCCAGGCCUUCGUCUGGUCCAAAGGGAAGUAUGAGCGGUCCGUGGUUCCGAUCUCGGCGUCCCGCCUGGUGGCCCGCAUGGAUGGGGACAUCAUCAUCGGGGCCCUGUUUUCCGUUCACCACCAACCUUCAGCUGAGAAGGUGGCGGAGAGGAAGUGCGGGGAGGUGCGCGAGCAGUACGGCAUCCAGAGGGUGGAGGCCAUGUUCCACGCCCUGGACCGGAUCAACUCUGACCCCACCCUGCUGCCCAACAUCACCCUGGGCUGCGAGAUCCGGGACUCCUGCUGGCACUCCUCGGUGGCGCUGGAGCAGAGCAUCGAGUUCAUCCGAGACUCCCUCAUCUCCAUCCGGGACGACUCGGAGGGCUCCAAGUGGUGCAUUGAGGGGACACCCUCCAGUCAGCCCCCAUCCACCAAGAAACCCAUCGUGGGAGUCAUCGGACCCGGCUCCAGCUCGGUGGCGAUUCAGGUCCAGAAUCUCCUGCAGCUCUUCAACAUCCCGCAGAUCGCCUACUCUGCCACCAGCGUCGACCUGAGCGACAAGACGCUCUUCAAGUACUUCCUCCGGGUGGUUCCGUCCGACACGCUGCAGGCCAGAGCGCUGCUGGACAUCGUCAAGCGACACAACUGGACCUACGUGUCUGCGGUCCACACAGAGGGUAACUACGGGGAGAGUGGGAUGGAGGUCUUCAAAGAGCUGGCUGCACAGGAGGGCCUCUGCAUCGCUCACUCUGACAAGAUCUACAGCAACGCCGGCGAGAAGCACUACGACAGGCUGCUGAGGAAGCUGCGGGAGCGCCUGCCCAAAGCCAGGGUGGUGGUCUGCUUCUGCGAAGGCAUGACGGUCCGGGGGCUGCUCAUGGCCAUGAGGCGGCUGGGGGUCUCUGGAGAGCUCCUCCUAAUUGGCAGUGACGGCUGGGCAGACAGGGUGGAGGUGGUGGAGGGAUUCGAACCCGAGGCGGUGGGCGGCAUCACCGUCAAGCUGCAGUCGGCGGACGUGUCCUCCUUUGAUGAUUACUUCCUGAAGCUGAAGCUCAGCACCAACACCCGCAACCCGUGGUUCCCCGAGUUCUGGCAGUACCGCUUCCAGUGCCGCCUUCCCGGACACCCCCAGGAGAACCUGAACUACGCACGCAACUGCACAGAGGAUGAUGAUCUAGAACUCCAGGACGGUUAUGAAAGCCUGGAGGACAACUAUGUUCAGGACAGUAAGAUGGGCUUCGUCAUCAACGCCAUCUACGCCAUGGCCCACGGCCUGCAUGACAUGCACUCCCACCUGUGCCCCGACCACGUGGGGCUCUGCGACGACAUGGAGCCCGUGGAUGGAAGCCACCUGCUGGACUUCCUGCUCAAGACUUCCUUCGCCGGUGUUUCUGGAGAAGACAUCUGGUUCGAUGAGAAUGGAGACUCACCUGGAAGGUACGAGAUCAUGAACUUUCAGCGGGUGGAGCCCGGCGUCUACGACUACAUCAACAUCGGCUCCUGGCACGAGGGCCUCCUCAGCCUGGAGGAGGAGCUGAUCCCGAUGAACAGCAGCGACAUGGUGCGCUCCGUCUGCAGCGAGCCCUGCUCCAAAGGAGAGAUCAAGGUCAUCAGGAAGGGGGAGGUGAGCUGCUGCUGGAUCUGCACCGCCUGCAAGGAGAACGAGUACGUCCAGGACGAGUUCACCUGCAAGGCCUGCGAGCUGGGCUGGUGGCCCGACGAGGAGCUGGAAGGCUGUCAGCCCAUCCCCCUGCACUACCUGGAGUGGAGCAACCCCGAGUCCAUCAUUCAGGUGGUCUUCUCCUGCCUGGGCAUCCUGGUGACCUCCUUCGUGGCCUUCAUCUUCGUCUUGUACCGGGACACGCCUGUGGUCAAAUCCUCCAGUCGGGAGCUCUGCUACAUCAUUUUAGCAGGAAUCUUCCUGGGCUACCUGUGCCCCUUCACGCUCCUCGCCCGGCCCACGGUGGCGUCCUGCUACCUGCAAAGACUUCUGGUCGGCUUCUCGGCUGCCAUGUGCUACUCGGCCUUGGUUACCAAAACCAACCGCAUCGCUCGCAUCCUGGCCGGCAGCAAGAAGAAGAUCUGCACCAGGAAGCCGAGGUUCAUGAGCGCCUGGGCUCAGGUGGUCAUCGCCUCCGUCCUGAUCAGCGUCCAGCUGACGCUGGAGGUCACCCUCAUCAUCAUGGAGCCGCCGGAGCCCAUCAAGUCCUACCCGAGCAUCAGAGAGGUCUUCCUCAUCUGCAACACCAGCAACCUGGGCGUUGUGGCUCCGCUGGGCUACAACGGUUUGCUCAUCAUGAGCUGCACCUACUACGCCUUCAAGACCCGCAACGUUCCUGCCAACUUCAACGAGGCCAAGUACAUCGCCUUCACCAUGUACACCACCUGCAUCAUCUGGCUGGCCUUCGUGCCAAUCUACUUUGGCAGCAACUACAAGAUCAUCACCACGUCCUUCUCCGUCAGCCUCAGCGUGACGGUGGCUCUGGGCUGCAUGUUCACGCCAAAGAUGUACAUCAUCCUCGCUAAGCCUGAGCGAAACGUGCGCAGCGCCUUCACCACCUCAGACGCCGUGCGCAUGCACGUCGGCGACGGCAAAAUUGCCUGCCGCAGCAACAGUCUUCUCAACAUGUUCAAGAGGAAGAAGAACGCCGGGAACGGCAGUUCUAAUGGAAAGUCUGUGUCAUGGUCUGAACCAGGUGCAAGACACCCCCCCACAGGGGAUCACAUGUGGCACAGACUGUCAGUCCAUGUGAAGAAACAGGAAGCAGCUUCCAAUCAGACCGCCGUCAUCAAACCGCUCACUAACACCUACCACGGCGCCGCUCAGGACUUCUCCGACCUCAGCACCAAGACUCUGUACAACGUGGCUGAGGAGGACGAGAGCGAGCCUGUCAGUUACAACCCCCCCGCGACCCCCCCCAUGAUGGCCCACGGGCAGAUGCCUGCCUGUGGGGGCAACAGAGACGAGGAGGCGGAGCUCUUCUCUGCCCAGCCUCUGCAGGAAAACAGCAUCAUUCCUCCCCCCGUGAUGAAGGAGCGCGUGGGUGAGGGGGGGUCUCUGAAGUUCAGCAGCGACCCCCACGAGAUCUGCCCUCUGAUCCGCAUGCCUCCGCCCGUGAGCAGCGGCAGGCCGGUUUACCACCAGGCUCACCUGAUCCAGCAGGAGCCGGUGCUGCCGGACCACCUUGACCCGUUUGACGAAGAGUCUGUCUAUCCUGAGGAGGAGGAGGAGGAGGAGGAGGAGGAGGAGGAGGGCGAACAGUUUGGACUUCUCCAUGGAUACAUGUACAACAACACACAGAUUCACGAUGACGAGGCUGACGUCAAACUGGCCAUGGAGGACUCUCUGGCUUUGAUGCCCCCCUCCCCGUUCCGAGAUCGCUCUUUCACUCCAGAGAGCCCGUUUCCCAACUCGCCGGCGUCCGAGUCCAUGUUGUCCACGCCCCCAAACGUGACGUACGCCUCGGUCAUCCUCGGAGACUGCAAGCAAAGCUUCUCCACUCUGUGAGCAGACGCUUCCAGUCGUCAUGACAACGCGUUCGGAUGCUUCUGAGCCCCCCCCAAGCCCCCCAGAGGGUUCCAACGCUAUUUAAUGACUGCUGUGAUAAAAGUGCAGAAAAGAACGGCGUCUUCAUGUUAGCAUCACAUGCAGUAGGUAGAAGCCUGCAUUCCUAGCAGACCGACUGUAUUUCUAACCAUGGUAGGAUAAAGUAGGCCGUAGGCGCCUGCGGGUCACGCUCUGUACAUUCCUGUCGUGAGGAGAACCUCAUCGCCAAACGUUCUUCUGUUCCUUCAUGCUGACGUUCUGAGAGCAGGUUAUGGGGCUGAGGGAACCCGCAGAGAGAAGGCAUUUCCUCUAUGGGCACGCUGCGGCGGCGGGUCGUGGUGAGCGCUGAUACAACACGGGAAGAGCACACCAGGCACGGGACGCGCGUUUGAACUCCUAGAGCAAGCUGUUGGCGUGUUCUUGAGCGCGUCUAGGAGUUCAACCCAAACCCUGAAAAGCGCCUUUACCUUUUCAUCGGAAGCGUUCGCUUGAACGUUUGUUGCUGAGGGCGGCGUGAUCGUGACUUCAGGGUAAAGCGUGGUGUACACAUUCUUCAGUUUUUUAACCCCCCCAAAUCCUGCAGACUGUUGCAGUAGCUGGUUGUGUGCGGUCAGUCAGGAGCCAGUACUCCCACCUCACUAACGACCGGACUGUGGCGUAAGGACGCUCUACCACAGCAUCACCCUACGUCAGAAGUGCAACUUCCAUUGUCCUUACAAACACUUCACUUACCACACGCACAACAAUGGUACGUUCCAUUUUCAUGACGUCCCUUAAGGUGUCCAUACGAGCCUCAAGGGAACUGAACGACACACCUGAGCUCCCCUUAAGCCCCUCCUCUCUGCGACCCACCACGGACCCAGACAGCCCAAGAACCUGCAGAACCCGUACUGACCCCCCCCCCCCCCCCCCCCCCCCCCAGAGGCUUUAGCACAAACAUGAGGGUCGCACAGGAAGUGGAACAUGUGGUCAUAAGGCCUUUGCUUCACCUGUGGCUGCAUUGAACUUCCUGUUCCACCUUGGGUUGGUCAGGUGAAAGAAUCGCCCGUUCCUCCCGUUUCCUGAUGGGUUUUCUAGAGUUCUUUGUUUCAUCAAACCUCAGAGAGAACGCGUUAAAGUCACGGAACAAAGUCACGGAGUGAAAUGACUCAGACAGUAAACAGGAAGCAGGUUUGGCUUUGGUUCCUUCAGCAUCAGCAUUAAGAAACAGGAGAACGUCUCUGGAAACCGUUCCAAAACGUCACGUUUGGAUCUGCUUUGUGGAGUAACAGUGAAAGCCUGAAAGGCUCUGAGGCGUUCCAACGUUUCAAAGAAUCACCUGUUAUUUAGGCUGAUAUUUUCAAAAUAAAAGCAGAUCAGUCAACUGUAAAUGCGAGUGUGUAGAAGACUUUCAUUACCGCGUUAGUUAUGCUCACAAACUGUAGAAACAGGAAAAAGUCCUGCAGAAAGCAGCCGAGGAUCAUCAACAUGAGCUAGCAGAGCUUCACGCUGCUUCGCUGAAGACUCAUCUGCCGUUUAGACCACGUCUUCAUCCAGAGUCUUCAGAAGUGAAGCUUACAGGUCCAUGCUUUGGUCGGGGAGAGGAACCUAAAGGCCUCGGAGUCUCCAGAAGAAAUAUCUUUCAAAAAGAAAUGAUCCGGAAACACCAGAGGGAAGCUGUCGGUCUAGUUUCAGACUGUUGACCCGGAGCUGCCACAGGAAGCUGGACUCACCUUUCUGAAGCAAAGAGGCUUCGGUUUCAGAUGAAUGAGAACCUAAAGGUGAUGUUUUGGUUUCAGUGGGUUUCCAAACUCCAGCUGCUCUGAAACUAGUCUUAGCGUUUCUCAGGUUGUAACGACGUUUCCUUGUUGGAAGGCCUGAGGAGCGAUGUGGGUGGAGCCUGGAGGCGUGGGUUCAGACCUCGUCGCCGUUUCUUUGCUAAACUAAAGCUGUUCCAUGAAGCUCAUGUGACAUUCCAGCAAAUCUCCUCAUUUAGUCUAUGAAGAAUGUAGCAGAAGGACAGAACUGCCUUUUCUUUCCUUGGUUUUGUAUAUUUAUGCCCCCUGUGGUCUGAAUCCAGCUCUGUACUGUAACGUGAAAUGUUUUCUAUUUAGACACGAUGCUGUAAAGAUCAUCCUAUGAGAUCAAUUAUUCUGUUUUGUGAAUGUAGAAAUGUUUUGCUUUCCAAAUCCCUCUGAGGUUCCGUCUUCAGCAGAACAUCCGUCCCGUCGGGUCGUCAGGAGCUUCACUGCCUUCCAGAGCUUUUCGCCAUCAUGAAGUGCUUUGGUUUCCAUUUAUUCUGAUUGUAGCUGCAGCUUCUGCCAGAUUCAUUAGGCCUGAAUUGAUCAACAAAGCACUAUUAUUUGGAGUAAACUUGAUAUUUUGUAUGUUUUUGUGUCCUGAAUACUUUGAGAACUUGAUGUACAGAAAGUACUACUACUUUGAUCUUCUGCUGUUUGUCCACAAAGAAAAGAUGUAAUUUCAAUGCUGAGAGACUCGAUGACAAUAAAUACGGAGUUCCAUCGAAAACAG